UACGGAACAUCCGGAUAGUGAAGACGCGGUCGAGGGUUACGUUUACAUGUGUCAACAGUUUGCGUCAACAAAACGGAAUUAAAAAGUGGGAUUAAGAAAAUCAUGAUAUUGGGGAAGACACUGGGGUCAAACUGAACAGUUAGUGUAAGAUAAACCGUCUUAUAAUUGCAAUGAAAACAUUCUUUCAACACUGUUUACGGUGACCGCCAAAAUUGGGACGCCAUCUUGAGCACUCUUGUUGACAGUUUAUCAAACUAUGAAUGAAAUAUUUGUAUUCAAAAGUUCUGUGUAAAUACUUUGAGGAAUAUUUUUUCGAUCUAUAUUAUUUUAUCUUAAACCGUAUCAUUCGUCUCGAAGUAUUAUGUGAUUUGUUUUCCAAUGAUGGGUUAACCACAAUACGAAUAAUACAAGCUGGCAAGCAAUCUUCUGCUGAAGAUAUUAUAAUGCCUGGUGGAUAGUUUUGGGAAACACAUAACAAGGAGCGCCAAUCAUGUUUUAUGCUCAUUUUGUGUUGGCCAAGAAAGGGCCGCUAGCCCGUAUCUGGCUGGCUGCUCACUGGGACAAAAAACUCACCAAGGCACAUGUCUUUGAAACAAAUAUAGAGAAAUCCGUAGACGGCAUUCUGCAACCCAAGGUGAAGAUGGCCCUAAGAACAUCAGGACAUCUUCUCUUGGGAGUGGUGCGUAUUUAUUCUAGGAAAGCCAAAUAUCUUCUGGCAGAUUGUAAUGAGGCUUUCGUCAAAAUAAAAAUGGCAUUUCGACCAGGAAUGGUUGACCUGCCGGAAGAGCACAGGGAGGCUGCAGUCAAUGCAAUCACCCUACCUGAAGUGUUUCAUGACUUUGACACAGCUAUGCCUGAGCUAAAGGAUGUAGAUAUCGAGGCCCAAUUUAGUUUGAACCAAUCUCGUGCUGAAGAAAUUACUAUGCGAGAAGACUAUGGCAGUUUAUCUCUGGUUACUCACGAUCAGGGAUUCGGAGAUAUGAGUUUUGACGCAGAACCACCUGAGUUGUUGAGACAUGCUACUGUAAUGGAGCCUUCCCUUGAUCAGAGUCACAUGCUCUUCAGUGAUGGACCAGGAAUGGAAAGUGCUCUCGAGCCGAAGGACAAAGAACCUGUCGCUGGUACUUCAGCUGCAGCACAAGCUAUGGAUAUCGACACUCCAAUUAGAGAUGAUGGGUUCGGUGGUCAUCUGGGUCAAGAUAUAAUUUCUGGAGGCCUAUUCGAAGGAGGUCUUUUUGAUGAAGCACCUAUGGGAGAAGUUGCAGUACCUGAGGUUAGUGCAAUGAGCGAUCAACAAGAUGUUGCGGCAGCAGUGGGUCCACCUCCACAAACUAACGAUGACUCGGACGAGGAUAUGGGUGAUCAUUUUGGCGGGCCUCCAUCUCCUAUGGGUGGUGGUAUGAGCAGCACAGAUGGCUCUAGACCAGCCACACCUGUUGCAAUGGGUGAUGAGGCUGGUGGGAGAGCGAGUGUAGCUAGCCGUCGCUUCACUCCAGCACCUCCGACUGCUCUUGAAGAACAUCCAGUAGAUGCCAUUGAGGAAGCUCAACCCCAGCAAGAACAAACCACUCUCCUUCACGAUGAAGAAGAAAGUUUUGCUCUAGCGCCAGUCGACGCAUCUGCCCUGAAAGGAUUCACUAAGGCUAAACGUAAGCGUAAAUUAAUUGUCGACGAGGUGAAAAACAUCUCAGGCGAAGAAAUGAAGGCUCAAUUAUCAGAUACUAGUGAUAUUAUCACAACUCUUGACUUGGCUCCUCCCACAAAACGCUUAAUGCAUUGGAAAGAAACUGGUGGUGUUGAAAAACUAUUCGCCCUACCAGGCAGACCUAUACCCGCACGUGUCUUAUUUAAGAAUUAUCAACGGCAUUUAACCAGCAAAUCAUAUGACCAUGAAGAUUUUGCUAGAAUCGGAGUGGAUGAAGAUGGCAUGCAGUUAGAACAAGUAAGAGAUGCUGCAGAUAUGGAUGUAGCGAACUUUGAACAGAGUAUCCUCGGUAAACGUAUGAGUCGCAAGCGAAAGGCACCAUCGGAUGAGGAGCUUAAACAGCCUUCUACUCAGCAACAAACAGAAUCAGAAGUUUCCCAGACAUCUGUUGCUAGCGAAAUGAUGGAAGUCCCAAGCAUAGUACCACCAACUCCUCUUCCUCCUCCAAGGUCACCGAUACCUCCGGAAGUAUCUUUACCACCUGAAACAUCAGUCGCUGACAUCAGUGCCAUCCUUCCAUCAGUAGAAUCUAUCGAGGCAAUGUCUCUACCUCCCGAAACCCCGUCUCUGAAUAAUGUCGAGAUGCCUCAGAUUCCUCCAGCCGAAGUUAGUUCGUUACUAGGUACAGAUGAGCAACCGCAAGCGCUACCAGUUCAGCCUGAAGAUGUGAGCCUACAGCCUUCAGAACUUCCUCAAAUGGAGAAUAUGGGGUAUGACCAGGCUCAAACGCAAGUACCGUUUUUGGGGUAUGACGACCACCAACCAUUGGCUCACACACCUGGCGCGAUAUCAGAAAGAGGGCCAGCUACUCCUUGGAAUCAUGAAGAUUAUGAAUUUCCUCCAUCUGUUGGUCCGUUAGAGGAGCAGCAAGUUGAUGAGACUUAUGAGCAGUUCGAAGAACGAGUAUUGAACAAAAGAGCAGGCCACAUGUACCACGUAAUUAAAAGCAAACUAGAGACCAAAGAUAGUCUGACACUUUCUGAGAUGGCAUAUAGAAACAAUCGUAAACAGGCUGCACAAAAAUUCUACACGUUACUAGUUCUAAAAAAAUUCCAAGUAUUGGAACUAAACCAGGAAUCAUCGUAUGCUGAUAUUCUGGUAACCAAAGGGCCCAAAUUUGAAAAUCCUGCACUAUAAGUAUACCUUCUGUUAUCCAACCAUAAAUGACGAAAACGCAUCGCCUGAGUUGUUUUUCGCAACUUGACUGUAACGAACGUUACAAUUGUUAUUUGCAAAGUUCGACGAGUUAAAAAUGGAAACUAUAGAUAUAUUUUAUAAAUCGCAUAAUUUCUGUUAAUCUUGUCAAUAUAAAUAAUCGGUCUUGGAAUAUUUAUUUACCAAUAUUCUUUUAUUCUUGACAAUAGAUAGGAUUAGCUAAGGUAACGUUUCUACAUUACUUUCAUUUUCAUUUUGAAAUCACGUUGAAUGACAAUUGAGUCAUUUAAAUUGUAGUAUAAUUAUACUUUUUGUUUAUUUCUUAUCGG